UCCCGCGAUCCUUGGUUAACUGUACAAUCUUGGUAGCUCUUGAUUUGGGGAACAACAUGUUAAAUGACACGUUCCCCAUAUGGCUGGAGAAACUUCCAAACCUACAAGUUCUGAUUCUUAAAUCAAAUCUCUUUCACGGUCCAAUUGGUGAUCUGGAGUCUGAGUUUCCAUUUCCUGAGUUACGGAUCUUUGAACUUUCCUGCAAUGGGUUCACUGGAACUUUGUCAUCUAAUCUUUUCAAAAGUUUCAGAGGCAUGAUGAAUGUGGAUGAAGAAAAAACAGCAAGUACAAGCACUGACACGGAUUACCUUUACAAUAUUAGUUUGGUGAUAAAAGGUAAUGAGUAUGAUAUGAGAAUCACGUCAAUUAUGACGAGUGUUGAUUUAUCAAGCAACAGGUUUGAAGGAGAUAUUCCAAAAUCCAUUGGAAGUCUGAGCUCACUUGUGUUACUCAACCUGUCUCACAACAGCUUCCGUGGUCAUAUUCCUGCAGAAUUUGCAAAGUUGCAGGCGCUCGAAGCAUUAGAUCUCUCAUGGAACAGACUCAUUGGGGAAAUUCCAGGUCCAUUGUCGAGUUUGACAUUUCUUGAGGUCUUAAACCUUUCCUACAAUCAUCUGGCUGGGCGCAUUCCUAUUGGGAAACAGUUCAAUACAUUUCCAAAUGAUUCGUAUUGUGGAAAUCCUGAUUUGUGUGGAUUUCCACUGUCAAAAGAAUGUGGAAACAAUAAUGAAUCACCACUUGAACACAAUGAUGAUGAUGAUGAUGAUUCAUUUUUUAUGAGCGGGUUCACAUGGGAAGCUGUUGUAAUAGGUUAUGGUUGUGGUAUGAUAUUUGGAUUGUUGAUAGGAGGCCUAAUGUUUCUAUUGGAAAAACCAAAAUGGUAUGUGAAAUUUGCUGAAGAUAUUGCUCAACAAAUUGCUGCUAAGAAGCGAACAAGGCAAAAGAAGAGACGUCAAAGACGUGGUCUUAGAAUGAAUUAGCAAUAUACCAGAGGUUACUGGAGAGUUGCACAAAUUAAUUAGCAAGUUAGUGUUGAUGUUCUGGCAAAUAUCAAUGGAUGCAUCUGUUUGUUCAC